AUGAAGGUCGCUUGGCUUGCUCUGCUGGCCGUGGCUGGGACAACCCUCGCGGGUCCAACCGCCGACCUGCAGGCCCGGACCCCGCCGCAGGCUGGCUCGGCACAGGCCCGCGAGCUUUAUAACCUGGUCAUGAAGGGAAUGCAGAGCUGGGGCCUGGCGGGCGCCGUCCACGCUCCCGGCGGGCACCCCGGUGGCCCGUCGGCCAACCUGCCCGGCGGCCUGCCGGAGCUGAACCGGCCCCAUCCCCCAAAGCAGGACGGCGUGCCCGGGACCCCAGGCAACCCCCUCGGGCCUCGCAAGAAGCAGGGGCGCAUCUACCCGCGGGGCAAGUCCUGCACGGCGACAAAGAGGAAGCGCGGCAUGCAGUGCCCCGCCGGCACGGCCGCGACGGGCCGGACGUCCCGGUACCCGAAGCUGCGCCUCAACGGGCAGGGCGGCGUCAUGGUGGCAUUUGCGACGCUCGCGCCGCACGCGCACGGCAUCCUGGCGGCGGUCAAGGGCUGGGACAACCCCAUCGGGGCGGCCGUCGCGUGGUUCGACGGCGCCAUGGCGGACCUGCAGGAGGCCAUCGGCGGCAAGCGCGUGCCCGAGAUUGACGGCAACGAGCUGAAGCUCUGGCUCAUCUGCCUCUUCCGGUGGAACAGCCCCGCGAGCCCCGACGCCAUCGACCGGGCGUGCCAGCGCCGGCGCGACGCGCCCCUCGAGGAGCGCAAGCAGCAGCAGGCCAUCGACGGCCUGAACCAGGUCGCCGAGCUGUGCGAAAAGGUGGAAGAGACGCCGCCCGCGGACGGCGAGCUGAAGACCGAGGUGCUGGCGCUGUGCGACAAGUUUGCCGACACGCUGGAGGGCAUGGCCGACGCCAACGCCGCGCUGGUGCUGCUGGGCGAGUGGGCGCGCGCGCGCACGCUCAACAGCCAGGACCUCGACCAGGCGGACCGGGCGGCGGUGGCGGGCUUCAUCCGGCAGGGCGCGUUCGGCCCCGCGGCGGCGGCGACGGAGGACGAGGCGGGCGAGCUCGCGUCGCUGUACCUGGCGCACAUGUCGACGUACGCCGUCGUCGAGGUCGAGGACGACGGGUCCGAGGUGCUCAUCGACCACAGCAGGCCGCCGGCGUGGCUGGAGCUGCUGCAGAUGGGCGCGGGCUACGUGCCCGAGGACCGGGCCGCCGUCGACGAGGCGCUGCGGAUGCUCGAGGGCACGCCGCACCUGCGCCACGUCGACAAGGAGGGCAGGGAGGAGCCGAUGGCGAGGGUCCAGACGUGCUGGGACCACGCGGGCCUGCUGCUCUUCCAGCCGCGGCGGUGGGAUCUCGUCGCCGCGGCCGUCACGUACCUCGAGGGCCGGAUCCGCGACGCGGGCAGCGACCUCGCGUGCGCGCCGUGCCUGGCGCCCGAGGGCUUCUGGGUGCUGCGUUGCGGAUCGGCUGCUCCGUGA